AUGGAAUUCUCAUGGAAAUCAGAUUACCCACCAAGAAUUUCCCUUCAAAUCUGCUCCUCUUCUCGAAUUCCCACCAAUUGCAUCGUCCCGUAUGCUUGCAACGAGUUGUUCAGCGACUUGUUUAGUUCUAGAUUCCAACAAAAUCGGGGUUUUGUUUGUAGAUUUCAACAAAGUGAGGUUCAUGGCGUUGAAGACUCGAUUACGAGUUUGAAAUUAGGGUUUUUUGUAAAUCGGAGAACCAUUGUGUUGGCUGCUACUGUUGUUGGGGUUUUAGUGUUUGGUUGCCGAGGAGUUUUUGCGGCGGAAGGGGUUGUGGAUUUGGGUUAUGGGGUUAUAGGACAGAACAUAUUGUUAUUGAAGAGUUAUUGGCCGAAACUUUCGCAGGUUCUUGGGGUUUUCAAAGAGCAAGGUUUGGUUUUUGCUGCUCUUCUGGGUCUCUCUGCAUUUUUCUCUAUGGCUGAAACUUCAAUUACCACUCUUUGGCCUUGGAAGGUGCGAGAGUUGGCUGAAAAGGAAUCUGAGGAUAGUAUUUUCAAAAUGCUUAGCAUUGAUGUUACGUGGUUCCUAACAACUAUACAUAUUGGCGCAACUGUGGUAAACAUUGGAGCAACUGCACCUGUCACAAAAGCAGCAACGACAAUAUUUGGUGACGCUGGUGUGAGUGCAGCUACUGGGGUGAUGACUGUGGAAAUGAAGCAAUUUACAGCCAAGGUUGUGGACAUGAUAAAGCAAGAAAACUCUAUGCAUCCUAAGGCGGACCCAUUAUCUUAUUCGACGUUAGUUUUUAUGUAGAUUUGCCAUAUAUAUGCAAGCAUUGUAUAAUUUUGGGUGCAGCAUCCUAUUUCACAUUUUUACUUUGACAAAUAGUAUGCCACUUUAACUUUCUUUGUGAGUCUCAAAUUAGGUGGAUGUCAUUGUCUUGUUUAAGGUUUGUGUGGCUUGGUUGGUGAAAGCAAUUAAUUCUUCAUUAACAAGUGAA